GCGGUUAUUGUCCCACCAGUGGCGCGCGGCCCUUUGGCACCUCAGGCCUAUCCUGUACCUAGGCCACUGUGAGCAGUUGGAGGGAUGGCUGCUCAGCUGCUGACUGUAGAGUAUCCGAAAUCAGUGACGUUCAGGGACGUGACUGUGGACUUCACCCAGGAGGAGUGGCAGUGGCUGGAGCCAGCCCAGAAGGACCUGUACAGGGACGUCAUGCUGGAGAACUACAGGAACCUGGUCUUGCUGGACUGGGAGACUAGACCUGAAAUGAAGGAGUUGGAUAUGAAGCAUCACAUUCCGGAGGACAAACCACCGUUGCAGGCGGCCUUGGCAGGGCCCGCUAGGACUUGCGCCUGGGGAGAAGCACGGACACCAGACGGCUGGGUAGAUGGGUGGCGGGAAGGGACGGGACCCAGCCCGGAGUUCCUGGGCUCUGGGCUGGGGGACGUCCUAGCCAAGGGGUUCGUCCCCGAGUGUUUUGAGUUGAAGGCAUCUACCAACCACAGCUGCACCCAGGAGAAGGGCGCCUAUCCACUGGGGAUGCGCAGGAAGAACGCGGAGAAGCCAGCGCACGCGUGCGGCCAGUGCGGCAAGGUCUUCAGCCGAAGCUCAUCCCUGAUAAAGCACCAGAGGAUCCACACUGGGGAGAAGCCUUUUGGCUGCGACGUGUGCGGGAAGCCGUUCUUGGAGCGCUCGUCCCUCACCAUCCACCGGCGCGUGCACACAGGCGAGAAGCCGUACGUGUGCGGGGACUGCGGCAAGGCCUUCAGCCAGCGCAUGAACCUCGUGGUGCACCAGCGCACGCACACAGGCGAGCGGCCGUACACCUGCGGCGUGUGCGGCAAGGCAUUCCGCAAGACCUCGUCCCUGGUGCAGCACGAGCGCGUGCACACGGGCGAGAAGCCGUACGCAUGCGGGGACUGCGGCAAGGCCUUCAGCCAGAACAUGCACCUCGUGGUGCACCAGCGCACGCACACGGGCGAGAAACCGUACGUGUGCCCGGUGUGCGGCCGGGCCUUCAGCCAGAACAUGCACCUGACCGAGCACCACCGCACGCACACGGGCGAGAAGCCGUACGCGUGCAAGGAGUGCGGCAAGGCCUUCAACAAAAGCUCAUCGCUUACCCUGCAUCAGCGGAACCACACGGGCGAGAAGCCAUACGCGUGCAACGAGUGCGGCAAGGCCUUCAGCCAGAGCUCCUACCUCAUCCAGCACCAGCGCUUCCACAUCGGUGUGAAGCCCUUUGAGUGCGGCGAGUGCGGCAAGGCCUUCAGUAAGAACUCGGCCCUAGCGCAGCACCAGCGCAUCCACACCGGUGAGAAGCCCUACGAGUGCUACGUGUGCAAGAAGCACUUCACUGGGCGCUCGUCGCUCGUGGUGCACCAGAUCGUGCACACGGGCGAGCGGCCUUACCGGUGCGGCGAGUGCGGCAAGGCCUUCAGCCAGAGCGCGUACCUCAUCGAGCACCAGCGCAUCCACACUGGCGAGAAGCCGUACCGCUGCGCGCAGUGUGGCAAGGCCUUCAUCAAAAACUCCUCGCUCACCGUGCACCGGCGCAUCCACACCGGCGAGAAGCCCUACCGCUGCGCCGAGUGCGGGAAGACCUUCAGCCGCAACACCAACCUCACGCGCCACCUGCGGAUUCACACUUGAGCCAUCCGCGGCACCUGGCAGGUCUGCAGGGCCAGGUGUGUGUGUAGGGGGUGCUGCCUCCGGGUGGCCGGUGUGGACUGUCCUCCCGCUGGAGGUCUGGUGACUCGGGAUGGAGAGGCUGGGAACGUAGGAACCUGGAAAGGCAUUUCCAUCAGUGCGCUUCCUUAAACAGCGCCAGAAGGCGAGCCCCUGACGUUUGGCUUGUUGGGUAUAUUUUAAGGUCCGUGUAGCUGAGCCAGGAUCCAUGGAGGCUCCAAGGAGAGAUGUAGUUCUUCAGGGGUCUGGUCUGCUCCCUGGAGCUCGCAGGAUUACUCCUGCAGCAGCCUAGGGCAGGUGGAGGGGAGGCUGAACACUGGGACAUCCCUUACUCCAUCAUAUGCACAGAGCUCAGAUGUGGUUUGCCCCAUCUGAGUUUCCUCCGGGGAUUAAGAUUGAGGGUCAAUGUUGGCUGGUUGGCGCCCAGCUUCCCCACACCCUAGCCCUCCUGGUCUCCUACACUGUGUGCUGGAGUCAUCAAAUCACUCAGUGAAGUUUGCAAGUUGUUUGCUAGGGAAAUUUUUUUUCAGUUAGCAAAUAACAAAAUCAGCUUUGAAUGCCAAAGUUUCUUAAAGCAGUCUUAGAACUUUUAACCAACAGGCCAUUUUGAACGGUCUUUUUGACCGUUCAAGACUGAGAGUGGGAGACUCAGAACACAACUGCCAGGUGUGUUUCGGGUUCCAAUCUUUAUGGGCUCCAGGAUCCACACCCUAGCACAGACUGUUCUAUAGUUAUGAUGCAGUUAAACAGUAACAGUAACUGUCCUGGUCCAUUCCUGUUGCUGUAACAAAGUACCUUAGACCAGGUAACUUACAAACCAUAGAAAUGUACUGCUUAUAGCAGAUCUAGAGUCCUGAAAGGCCAAGGUGCAGGUGGGUCUGUUCUCUGUUGAGGACCUGUUCCUCAUAGUGCCUCCUACCUGUGUCCUCACCUGGUGGAAGAAGACAAGGAAGCUCCCUCCACUUCUUUCAGAAGGUCACUAAACCAGUCACAGGAGCUCUGCUCCAUCUCUGCCAACUGUUCCUUUGGGGGGUUAAGUUUCCAACGUGUGAUUUGAGGGGUACACAGGUGUUCAGAGCAACUGUAUCAUAUCUUCAAAUGAGUUUCCCAGGCUGACUUGAAGUGUUUUUUACACAUGGAUCUCCCCCUUCCCUCCCACCUUGGGUUUUUUGUUUUGUUUUGUUUUGUUUUUAAACUGCUCUUAAUGUUGACAUAUAAUACUACUGUUUGCUAAUGUCCUGACAUUUCUAAAUGCUCCUCUGCACUCCUU